UUGUUCUAAGCUCCAACUUACCGCCAGAAUAGCAGAGAGCCAGCCUGAUUGAUUGGUUGCACAGAUAGAUGUGCUUUAAGUCCUGCUAGCGUGCAGGAUGCUGUGCCUAGUGUGUGGCUGUUAAGGAGGAAAGAAGGGAAAGAGGAUAGGGUCUGUGUCCUGUGGAGGUGCCUGGAGUGUAGCUGGGGAGGGAAGACUUCAAUAGACCAGUUCAAGACUGGAUAGAACCCAACUUGGACAAAUGCUCUGCACUGCUAGUCACCGAAGCUAGUGUAAUUGGAGAGGUACAUGGAGCAGGUGGGAACUGAGAUCAGCCUUGAAGAUAAUUGUUUACUGAUUCAAGGACGGUGUGUCUUCCAUGUUCUGGGGAACUGAGCAAAAGUUAGGAGAAGAGAAAUAUUGGUUUGGUGCAAGGAACUAGCAAAAGCCAUGUAGAUAGAGCAUUUGUGUAGAAAUAGGAAAUGUAGUUUGGACAAGGAAGGUAAGCCCAGAUCAAGGAGAUUUUUUUUUUUUGAACAUUGCCGAGAAGAGUUUGGACUUUGUAUUGGAGUCAGUGAAAAGACUUGGAGAUUUUUGAGUUAGGUGUGAAAGACAAAAGGAUUCAUUUAUUCAAGGCACUUACGAUGUGCCAGGUUCUGUGCUAGGUUGGAGAUUCAUUGGUGAAGAAGGUAAGCAUGGUACAGUAUGAAGCAAUCACAAACUCAAAAUUGCAAACGUCUUGCAUGAGGUAAUGAGACAGUGUGACAGGAGAUUUUGACAGUGUAGGGGGUCAGGAAAGCCUUUCCUGAGAAAAUGAUAACUGAACUGAAAGGGAAAGGAAGCAAGGUGUUAAUGGCAAAGAAGUGGACACAGUUUCAAAACAGAGAACCCCUGUGUAGAUUCCGUGUGGUGGGAUGAAAUAAAGCACCAUCAAGGUGUGGAAGGGGCUGGAGUGGGGGAGUAGGGAGAGAACAAGGUAAACAGGAGCUAGACUGUGCAGUGUCUCAUAGGCCGUGUUGAAGAUUUUGGACUUUUAUUCUUGGAGUAACGGAAAGCCACUGGAAGGUUUUAAGCAAGACCGUAUGUGAUUAAAUUAGUGCUUAGAAAAUAUUCUAGCUGUGAUGCAGAAGAGUUGGGCAGGCAAGAGGGGAAUUAGUGGGAACAAUCAGGAGGCUUUUGCAUUAGUCUAGGUGAGAGCUUAUGGUGGUUUGGUCUAGGGUGGUGGUAACAGAGAUGGGAAAAAACGGGGGGAGGGACAGAUUGGGGAGAUAUUUAGGAGGCAAAGCCAUCGGGACUUGACAAUAGAUGGGACAUGAAUGUAGCUUUGCUGGUGGUGAUGGAUGGCCAGGAUAAGAUGCCACUCAAAGAGUAUCAUGCUUCAGAGGGCACUGCAGCUUGGGGUGUGCCAGAACCUAUUGGUCCAGGAGCCUGGAACAUCCAAGAGGAGAGGACAAUACGGUUGAAUAUAUGAGCCUGGGGCUCAGAGGAAAGAGCAGUCUGCACAGGAGAUAAACAUGUAUCAGAAUGGAAAGGUGUCCGAGAUUAAGAAGAAGAUCCAAUCAGUCCUUCCUGGAGGGGCCUGGAAUCCACCGUACGACACCAGCUACCUGCCCCCUGAACACUCGGAUGUGGUGAUUGUGGGGGGUGGGGUGAUUGGCCUGUCCGUGGCCUAUUGGCUGAAGAGGUUGGAGAAGCCACGAGGUGCCGUUCGGGUGCUGGUGGUGGAACGGGACCACACGUAUUCCCAGGCCUCCACUGCACUGUCUGUGGGCGGGAUUCGUCAGCAGUUCUCGGUGCCUGAGAACAUCCAGCUCUCCCUCUUUUCAGUUGAGUUUCUGCGGAACAUCAAUGAGUACCUGGCUGUAGUCGAUGACCCUCCCCUGGACAUCCAGUUCAACCCCUCGGGUUAUCUCUUGCUGGCUUCGGAAAAGGGGGCUGCAGUCAUGGAGAGCAACGUGAAGAUGCAGAGGCAGGAAGGAGCCAAAGUCUGUCUGAUGUCUCCUGAGCAGCUUCGGAACAAAUUUCCCUGGAUAAACACAGAGGGUGUGGCGUUGGCAUCUUACGGGAUGGAGUGUGAAGGUUGGUUUGACCCCUGGUGUCUGCUCCAGGGGCUUCGGCGGAAGGUCCAGUCCAUGGGGGUCCUCUUCUGCCACGGAGAGGUGACACGUUUUGUCUCUUCGUCUAGCCACACGGAGACCACAAGUGGGGAAGAGGUGACUUUGAAAAGGAUCCAUGAAGUCCAUGUGAAGAUAGACCGCAGCCUGGAGUACCAGCCCGUGGAAUGUGCUCUCGUGAUCAACGCGGCAGGGGCCUGGUCUGGCCGGAUCGCGGAGCUGGCUGGUGUCGGGAAGGGGCCGCCUGGCACCCUGCAGGGCACCAAGCUACCCGUGGAGCGGAGGAAAAGGUAUGUGUACCUGUGGCACUGCCCCCAGGGACCAGGCCUGGAGACCCCAUUCGUCGUAGAUGCCAGUGGAGCCUAUUUCCGCCGAGAAGGACUAGGCAACAACUAUCUGGGCGGCUGUAGCCCCACUGAGGAGGAGGAACCGGACCCAGGGAACCUGGAAGUGGACCAUGAUUUCUUCCAGGAUAAGGUGUGGCCCCCUUUGGCCCAGAGGGUACCAGCUUUUGAGACUCUGAAGGUUCGGAGUGCUUGGGCUGGCUAUUACGACUACAACACCUUCGACCAGAAUGGUGUGGUGGGUCCCCACCCACUCGUCGUCAACAUGUACUUUGCCACGGGCUUCAGUGGCCAUGGGCUCCAGCAGGCCCCUGCCGUGGGGCGAGCUGUGGCAGAGAUGGUGCUGGAUGGCCACUUCCAGACUAUCAACCUGAGCCCCUUCCACUUCAGCCGCUUUUACUUGGGAGAGAAGGUCCAGGAGCACAACAUCAUCUGAGCCUGUAAGCUCUUCACUGGGCCCCGCUGCCCCAUCCGUGACCCUUGGCUCACAUUCACAUUCUCCUCACUGUGGCUUCCUCCCCAGCACCAAGCCAGGCUCUCCUCCAUCCUCCUGUCCCCGUGGGGCUGGGCAGGCAGGCCAACUGUAGGCUUUGAGAGGCACUGUGCCUUAGGCCCAGGCCAACAGAGAAUGAUGGGGUGAGACCCCAGGACUGAUCUCUGGCCCGGGCCAAGGCCGCCCACCAAGGUAGUGCAGCUGGGCAGAAUACCUGACCACGUGCCCCAAGACUGGCGUCUUCAGAAAGAUUGCCUCUGCCUGUCUUUGGCAGGCUCCAGCAGAGGCCAGGCAGGGGGCAUUGCAGGGCAGCCUGGCCCAGAUUUAGUGAUUGUUUACCUUUUUCAUCAGUCAAUAAAAUGUGAUUACUUUUUCCA